AUGGCACAAUUAGCUUUCCCAACCCAGCAGUAUACCUCAGAAAACUUUGUCGAAAGCUGCGGCGCCAUUCUCUACGACACAACUCGCCAGAAGAUCUGCCUAAUCCAUCUCACUGUAUCCGAUCUAUGGACCCUACCCAAAGGCCGUCGAAACAUCGGAGAAUCGCGUCAAGAAGCUGCACUACGCGAAGUAUACGAGGAAACUGGAUACAAGUGUCAUAUCUUGCCAGUGGAUAUGAGAACCAGAGCGACUAUCGCUGGCGACGCGGCGGACGCCUCAGACGUGGCACGCAUCUCACGCGACUCGGUAGAACCUUUCAUGGUCACUAUGCGGACGUUGAGAGAUGGUCAGGGUGUCAAGGUUAUAUGGUGGUACGUCGCGAUCAUGGACAAAGGUGCUUGCGAGAUGAAAGGGCCUGGUGAAGAAGGGGUUCAGACGGGCUUGUACUCUUAUGAAGAGGCUGAGAGGUUGUUGUACUUUGAGACGGAUCGAGAGGUAUUGGUUGCGAAGAUGGGUUGA